AUGAAACUUUCUCUAGCUGUUGGGGCUGCCACCCUCUUGGGUACUUCCCUAGCGGAUAUUGAUCCUAUCGUUAUCAAGGGAUCGAAAUUCUUCUAUUCCAGCAAUAACACACAAUUUUACAUCCGUGGCAUUGCCUACCAACAGGACUACUCCGGCAAUGGAACCACCGAUGGCAGCAGCACCUACAGAGAUCCCCUAGCGGAUGUCACUGCCUGCAAGCGUGAUGUCCCCAUCAUGCAAGAACUGAACACCAACACCAUCCGAGUGUAUGCGAUCGAUCCAACCAAGGACCACGAGGAAUGCAUGCAGCUUCUUGCUGAUGCGGGCAUAUACGUUAUUUCCGAUCUGUCGAGCCCCACACAGUCUAUCAAUCGCAACGAUCCUCGCUGGGAGAUCUCGCUCUACAGCAGAUACACUAGCGUGAUUGACGCGAUGGCUAAAUACAGCAACACACUGGGAUUCUUUGCAGGGAACGAGGUCUCUAACGACGUGAAUACCACGGACGCCAGUGCUUUUGUCAAGGCUGCUGUCCGUGAUAUGAAGGCUUAUAUUAAGCAAAAGAAAUACCGACCCAUGGGUGUUGGAUAUGCCACUAAUGACGACUCCACUAUCCGUGUCCACAUGGCUAACUAUUUCAACUGUGAGAGCCCAGCGGAAAGUAUUGACUUUUGGGGUUACAACAUCUAUUCUUGGUGCGGUGAUUCUAACUACAAGGAGUCGGGGUACAAGGAGCGCACCGAUGAGUUUCGGAAUUAUUCGGUGCCGGUGUUCUUUGCAGAGUACGGCUGUAACACUAUCCGACCACGCAUGUUUACAGAAAUCGAUACCUUAUUUGGUGACAAGAUGAAUGAUGUAUGGUCAGGAGGAAUUGUCUACAUGUAUUUCCAGGAAGCAAAUGACUACGGCCUUGUGUCAGUCGUUGAUAGCACCAGUGUUAGCAAGAUGAAAGAUUUUACCUCCUAUUCCAAGCACAUCGCCAGCGCAACCCCUUCCGGUACGAACAAGGAAUCGUACACACCGACCAACUCCGCUCUGCAGAGCUGCCCUGCAGUAAACUCGGAUUGGAGGGCUACUCAGACCCCCUUGCCUCCUACCCCGAACGAAGAACUAUGUAGCUGCAUGGAGGAAUCUACCGGUUGUGUCGUUAAGGGCUCCGUCUCCAGUUCCAAAUACUCUGACCUGUUCAGUGUAGUAUGCGGCUACACCAACUGCGACGGUCUCGCUGCCAAUGCCACGACGGGAAAAUACGGCGCCUACGGUAUGUGUAACUCGAAGCAACAGCUGAACUUUGCCUUGAACAAAUACUACGUGGAGCAGAGCUCAGCAUCCUCGGCCUGCAGCUUUGGUGGCUCGGCCACCAUCACGUCUGCCGCCAAGGAGACCGACAGUUGCAAGAGUCUCAUGAGCCAAGCAGGCUCCGCCGGCACCGGAACGGUGACCUCGCCGCCGACUGGCACUAUAGCCUCAAAAUCAUCUGCCGGCGCUUCGAGUUCAAGUUCUACAGGCGCAGCACCUGUUAUGGCUGGUACUUUUGUGGCUGUGGGAUCUUUCCAGUUGGGACUGUAUGUUUUUAUAGCAGGUUUUACGGGAGUAACUAUGUUGUUACUGUAA